GAGGAAUCCGGACUAUCAGAAAUAGUAAAAAAAGAGAUUAAAUGUGCAAACAUCGAAUAUCGCAAAAUCGAUUGGAAAACCAUUCAAAGUGAAUUUAAUAUUAAGUUCAGAUUAAACAGGAAUAUCAAAUCGCUACAAGAAAAGUAUAAUAAACACUUGAGAGCAGAUGUCUAUAUAAGUGAUUCCGAGGGAAAAAGGAGAUCAUAUCCGUUCACUGGUGAACAUGUUGAGUUGAUUUUAAGUGCCAAAUUAAAUGAACUCGGAAGAUGGCCGUGGAAAUUCCUAUCCGAGGAAAUUAAUAAACAUCUUCCUAUUUCUAAAGUUAGAUGCACGCCGAAUCAAGUAAAAAAUAAAUACCAUACGGAAAAAGAAAAGCAAAAGAAAAUGGCUGGAUUCGCACUCAUAGAUAUGUCAAUUAAAGAAUCCCUUGUAAAUAAGUCCAAGACUUUGAGCAAUGUUAUGAGGAUCGAGAAUUUGCUCAAUUGA